AAAUGGAAAUUUUUAAUGGGAAGAGAAAAAAUACAUUCAUAUAUGUUUAUGAAGGAUAUUCUUAUAACGCGGAUACCAAGAAUCCCAAUAUUUAUCGCUGUUGUGCGCGCCAAACCCACAAGUGUACAGCUACACUCCUUCAUAGAAAUGAACAAUUUUUUAUCCAAAAACCACACACUCACCCUAAUAAUCCACAAUGUGCAGAAGUAUUAAAAUUAAAGUCGAUGAUGUUAAAGGAAUGCAAAGAAAAUCCUUGUAUAAAUAAUAAGGACAUUUUUGAUAAUAUUUGCCGUCUAAACCCUGACGCAGCAGCGUAUAUUUCAUACAAUAGUAUGAAAUCUAUCAUGUCGAGAGAAAAGGCGAAAUCAAGACCACCACGUCCUAAAACUGUACAAAGUGCGCAUGAAAUGCUUGAAAAUUACGAUGUGUUAAAAGACAUUUAUCAAGGAUGUACAAUAUCAACUGAAAAUAAGUACGCUCUGAUCUUUUCAAACAGCGCAUUACUAAGUGCAUUAGAAAGUGCCAAAGAAAUUUACAUGGAUGGUACCUUUUCCUUAAGUAUUGUUGUACCACAAAUUCCUGUUUUCCAACAGUUGUAUACUGUACAUAUACGCUAUAACGACACGGGGAUCGCUACAGUUUUUGCUUUGUGCGAGUGCCGAACCUUGUCAAUGUAUAAAGCCAUAUGGAGAAAAAUAGUAUCUCUUGCUCCACGAUUACAAGACAAUUUAAAAACUGUAAUGUGUGAUUACGAAAAAGCUGCUAUGGAGGGAAUACGAGUACAAUUCCCUGCAGUCACCAUACAUGACUGCUGGUUCCAUUUUAAUCAGACUCUAUUAAGAAAGUGGAGAAAGUUAGGAUUACAAUAUACAGAAAAAAAGGUUCUCUCAAUGGCGAUGACUAUGCCCCCAGCUCCACCCGAUAUGUUUCCACAAGCAUUGAAUCAAAUACAGUUAGUCGCUGAUCGGUUUGCUGCCACCUUUCCAAAUGUGCUUCAAUUUAUGGUGUAUCUACGCAGUGUGUGAUUACCAAUUGCUUCAAAGGUCAGCGUAUAUGGCUCUGCAGUGAGGACUAACAAUAUUGUUGAAUCCUUCCAUAAUACUCUAUCACAACGAUUCCAAACAACGCGACCAAAUUUAUGGAUUUUCUUAGAUAAUUUAUCAAAACUAAUUAAAGAUGAAACUAUUAAUUACGAACGUUUGAUAAAAAAUUUAAAAAUUACUUGAAUUCGUACUCGAGUGAAUAGAGAGAAGAAUGCUAAAAUUAGAUUAGCACAAGAAAAUUUAGUCUCUGGGAUUUUAUCACUGGAACAAUUUUUAAACAUGUUCGAUAGAGACUAUGACCAACAGCGAUAUAUGGACAAUUUCUUACCAAGAGACUGCGAUGAAAAUAAUGCGAUUGAUGAAACGUUUAGUAUAGGUAAUAUUGGGAAAUAAUUCUGUCCCAAAACUAACAUGAACACUGUUCUUAAAUUUUCGUUUAAUUUUAACGAAUUUCAGUGAUUUAUUAAUCAUUUUCAGAGAAUAGAUUGCCUUGUUACAUCCAACAUAAUGAAGACCCUGUUCAAAUAGAGAGCACAUCAGUCAAUGAUAUCGAUAACGAUGAUGAUGUUCUAACAAUAUCGUUGGAUAGUAUUAAUACAUGUACAGAAAGUGAAGGAAUAUGUACAUAUAAUUCUGUAGAAGGUACGUUAUGUCGUACAUAUUAAUUUUUCCUUUCUUCUUGCUUCAAGCGAAUUGAGAGUAAAAUACUAGAAAAAUUUGGAAUUAUAUUAAGUUGUUUGU